UGAAUGCAUCUGCAUCAGUCUGUUUUUGCCUUCCGAACCGCAUAGUAACUAAGAUGAGAGCAUUGCUGACUUAUAAUAUACUCCUCGUAUUUACGAUACACAUAAGGACGUCAUAUUCAGCAGCUUGCCAGGGAGAUGAUUGCCAGUCCCAGUGUGCUGCUUACUGCUUUGGGGUUCUGAGUCCCUGCAUGUCGAACCUGGCGAGCCUACAGAGACGCACGGAGGCCUGUGAAGCAGCGGUUGCUAUUGCGAGAUUAGCUCUCAACGAUCGAAGGCUGGACACCUUUGGUACUUCACUAACCGAGCAACCGGAAAGGAAAAAUAACUCACAGCUACUUUUGGCACCCUCCCCCGAAACCAGAAAAUUGGAAGCCAGCGACAACUUUAAGCAACUGGGCAGCAAAUAUUACUACAUUGAAAGGGAAAAUAAGACUAACUGGCACGAGGCCCUGGAGAAAUGCCAUAAAAUGGGUGGCUAUUUGGCCAGUCUGCAAAACCAAGAGGAAUUGGACGUCUUCAAUGGCAGGUUGGAUGGGCUAAACCGCUACUGGAUCGACGUGACUAGUCAGUUCAAGGAUGACGAAUUUGUAUCUAUAACUAAGGGAUCGAAAGCAAACUUUCUUAGCUGGGCGGAUGGCGAACCCACUAAAGAUGGCCAGUGUGUGGAUAUACGAACCUUCAACAAAAAGACUACCAUGAAUGAUAAUACCUGCUCUGGAAAUCUUUUCUUCAUCUGCGAGAAAUCGUACGAUAUAUAGAAGCUUGGAGUUCAUUUAUAUUAAAUGUGAAGAGAAAUAAA